AUGACACGCGGGACGCUCUAUCUUCCUUCAGGCACAUCUUCUUCCGACAUUAUCGGUGGAGGGACCUCUGGACUGGCUAUUUUGUAUCCAGGCACUCGGACGGUGUUGAAGAUCUCCCAUGGUGAUCCUGAUGAGGAUGCCCGGUGUGAACUCGAGGCUCAAAUAUACGAUCUUCUCAGCAAAUCUCAACUUGCACGGCCAUCGUCACUGUUAGAGUACAAGGGCAGAAGUUCAUGUGGCCGUGGGAUACUCCUUGGCUAUGCGGAAAAUCAUACAGUGCGACGAUACCUUCGUUCACACGGCACUCAACCUCCAGAUACAACAGUCAUCCAUCGUUGGGCUAAUCAAGCUGCCCUUGCGCUUCAUUUUCUUCAUAUGAAUGGCAUCUCACAUGGAGAUGUCACUUGCGACAACUUCUUUCUCGAUAAAGAUCUCAAUGUCCAGCUAGGCGAUUUCACAAUACGCGCCAACCACCGAUUCCCUGGACCCCUGCUGUCUACCGAUGCCGACAUCUUCUCUCUUGGCUCUGCGCAUUACACUAUCAUGACGGGAAAACUACCAUAUCAAGAUCUAUCCGAGAAAGAGAUCACGGCUCUGUUUAAAGAGGGCAGAUUUCCCGAAACAGACACACUUGGACCAUUUGGGGCGAUUAUCAGAAAAUGCUGGCAAGUCAAAUACAAGAGCGUUGUCGACGUGUACAAGGAUAUCGAAGGUAUGAUUCUAAGAUUGGACUAG